AAGAAGGAAAUGGUCCUAGAAGUGGACUACUUUAAACAAGCCUUUAAGGGAUAUCUCUUACAGUUUAAUAAUAAAAGUAUACUAUACCCUAUUAUAUACUAUUUAGCAGUCUUAAGCCUAACUAAAAAAAACUACAUAAUAUAUAAUAAAGAGCUAUUUACAAUUAUAUUUUGCCUAAAGGUAUAG